UGUGUAUGUCUCAGUAGGUAUGUUUUUUUACAAUUGCUUUAAGUUGCACGUCUUGUCUGUAGAGUGAACAAGUAUAUCAGUUAGUGAAGAGGAAAAGGAAAGAAGUUUCAGUACAGCUCUAGACGACGAGAAGUUUUUUUGUAAUAUAUUCGUUAAUAAUUUUCAGAUGGUGAAUAAACGGUUCGACGAUAAUCUUACCGCUAUUGGUAAGAAGUGGUACGAGGAAUAUCAGAAGACUGAGGAACCAUGCAAACAUUCGAUAUCCGAAGUCGAUGUACUGAAUCUGAAAGAAGAGGGGAAGAAGUACCUGGAUGCGGAGACCGCUGUCUUUCAGGUGAAACAAUCCAAAUCGAAAGAUUCAAACGUGAGGUGGUUAAAGGUAGCGGUGAAGCAGGGUACCACCUCGGAUAAAGUGGCGGCCAGUAUAGUACUGAUCCAGGAUAACCCAAAGUACAAUCUGAGCCGUCUGACAAACUUAGUGUCUCAAGUGCGAGGCGCCAAACACAAUCAGUGCUGCAUGAUCAUCGCAUCCCUGAAGGAACUCUUCCUGACCGACUUGUUGCAUCCCAACUUCAAGUUGCUGAAAUUAGAACAACAGGAUCUGGACAAGCUCAACCUGGAGAAUGAAUCGGAUGCCAUCGUCAAGACGAGUGCCGCGAGGAACAGGCUGCUGGCGCAUUGGUACUACGAGGACCAGCUCCUCGAGCAGUACGAACGUUUCGUUCUGAACCUGUCUGCAGUUGCUUCCGACACGGUAGACACGAAUCGCGAGAAAGCCAUAGCCGCGAUGACGGACCUGCUGAUAGGUAACUCCGAGCAAGAGCACAAGCUGUUGGAGCUGCUCGUGAACAAGAUCGGCGACCCCAGCAGCAAGGUUGGCUCCAAGGCUGUGUUCUGCGUCAACAGGUUGUUGCACGAGCACCCGAACAUGAAGCUCGUGGUUCUGCGCGAGGUCGAGAAACUGUUGUUCAGGAAGAACAUGGCGCAACGCACCCAAUACUAUGCCAUAUGCUUGUUGGCGCAAUUCGUCCUGGACGCGCAGAGCAACGAGAUAGCCGCCACGCUGAUAGAAGUGUACUUCGCCUUCUUCAAAGCGUGCCUGAAGAAGGGUGAGCCCGACAGUAGGAUGAUGGCGGCGAUCUUAACGGGCGUCAACAGAGCGUAUCCUUUCGCCAACAUAGAUUCGAGCGUGAUGAACCAGCACAUCGACUCGGUCUAUAAAGUAGUGCACUUUGGGUCGUUCAACGUCUCCCUCAGUGCACUUAGCUUGCUGCAUCAAAUCACAGGCAAGGAUGAGUCUCAAGCGAGCAGAUUUCACUCGGUCUUCUACAGGAAGCUCUUGGACCCACAGAUAGGAACGGCGAAUAAACGUGCGAUGUUCCUCAAUCUGUUGUACCGAGUUCUGCAGCAGGACCAAAGCGUGCUGCGUCUGUACGCUUUCGUCAAACGGAUCCUGCAGGUUACGGUUUACUUCCCGGCGAACAUGGCCUGCGCCAUGCUUUACGUCGUUUCGAAGAUUCUCCGAAGUAACAAACAUCUGAGGCGUACAUUGCUCGAGCCUAAAGCUAUUAAAAUCGAGAAAGAGGAGGUAUGCGAGGUAAAGGAGGAGGACGUGUACGAAGUGAAAGACGAGUUGUCGGACACGGAGGAUGUUGAAGUGAUAGACGAGAUCAAGGUUGAAGACGAAGUGGACAGCAAUAUCAUGUUGUCAAACGUUACGACUAGCGCGGACACCGCGCCGGAAGCGAAGCCCGAUGUAAAGCUCGAGGUGGUCACAAAAUCGUACGAUCCUUUCUGUCGGAAUCCGCUCUACGCUGGUGUAACUCAAGGAUUCAACACGGAGCUCGCGGCAUUGGCCAAACACUUUCAUCCAAGCGUUGCCUUAUUCGCGAAUGCGAUCAUUCAAGAUAAACCGGUCGACUACACGGGAGAUCCGUUGGAGGACCUGACGUUAAUACGAUUCCUAGAUCGGUACGUUUUCAAAAACCCGAAGAAGCUGGACGACAAGAAGGUGCAAAGGAAAAACGAUCUUAUGGCGCAACGUGCCGGAUACGCGCCGAAAGGCCUACGAUCUCUUCCUGUGGAUAGCGCGGCGUAUCUCAACGAGACGGAGGAGCGAAUACCGGUGGACGAGCUGUUCCUCUACCGGUUCUUGAAGCAGAAAAGGGAGAUCAAGAGGCGCAUCAAGAAAGAAGACGACGACAACGAGGAUUUGGAGAGCGUCAACAGUGAGGAAUUCAACGAGAUGUUGGAUAAUUUGAAGAGCGGUCAGGAUUUCGACGACUUGGACAUCGCGGCGGAUAUCGUGCCCAGGAAGAAGAAAGGAAAAGCGACUGAAGAGUCCGAUGACGACGACGACGGAGAGGACAGUCAAUCCGAAGAUGACGAUGUCGCGUCGGAAGAUGAUUUCGACGAGGAUAACGAGCACGACGAUGAAGAACUGCAAGAUUUGGACGGUCUCGCGGACAUGGAUGACGAGGACCUGAGCGAUAUGGAAUUCAACGACGGUCCCGAGGAGGGAGACGAUGAUCUGGAGCCUGAGUUGAUCUCGGGCUUGAAGCGAAAGCUCCAGAAGCAGCAGCGGGGUUCGAAAGAUAAGGGUAAAGAUAAGAAGAAGAGGAAGGGCAUCGACAGCGACAUAUUCGUGUCGGCGGAGAAGUUCGCGGAGAUGUUGGAGGAGCAGAGCAAAACGAGGGGCAAGCAUGGCGGCAGCGACGCUCUCAGCAGCAUCGACGGCGCCAGCGCUAAGCAAAUCGACUGGGAGAUCAAACGGAAUCAGCGGCUGAGGGGAUCGUUCGGCAAUAAGAAGAGGAAAAACACCGCGAAACAAACUUCGUCCAGUAAUAAGAGGACAAAAAGAUUAAAACGGUAGAUUACUUAAUAAACACGUUUUAUAAACACA